AUGUCUGGCGGCCCUGUUCCUGUUACCAAGAAAUACACCGUGAUGUCUAAGGGCAUCUGGGAGAAGUUACGGCAACUUCUUACCCUGGUGCCUAACAGAUCUUCGGGUAACCCCAUUGUCGCCUGGUACCGUAUGCCCUCCCCAAGUUCCCACCCCGAGAACGAGCACUACACUGACCCUGCUACUCUUCCUGCAAGUGAUAUUGCUGGCAACCCUUACUACGCUCGCGACCACCGCAGAAACUACCCCCGCAUUGCCUAUUACGACCAAACUCUCACUGCUGGUCUGUUAAAACUUGGAUCUGCUGCCAACCCUCGCAUUGCUGACGGCAAUGCUGGUACUCAAGAACUUGCUGCUAUUUCUGAGGACAAGCUUACCAACAUUAUUGCUUCCUCCUCUAAGGACGUUAUUCUUGGCGAGGUUCUUGAAAAGAGCGGCCAGCCCCCUAUCCCCCCAGCCCUCAACAAAAAGAAGUGGAAGAUUCUUUCUGCUGCCCAGAGUGGCAUGUAUGACUUCAAGUACCCAGUCAGAACUUUUAACUAA